AUGCACGCAACUUGGUUGACAGCACUGAUUGCAGCGGAAACUGUCCACUCUCUGGCAACUCCUCCACUUGGAUACGAUAGAAGACUUCUACGGGAAGUAUUCGAUAAAAGAUCUUCGAAUGAAUCUCAAUCGUCAUGCUUCACUGCUGCUGCACCCUCUACAGUAGCACCAAAAGCGAACCCAUGGGCGCCAUUGACACCAGAUGAAAGUCUAUCUGUCUGGAACCUCCUCCAUGACGCUAUAUCCGGCCUUAAUCUGACAUAUCCAACUGAAGCAAAACUUACAGACAACUAUGUCUUCUGGGUUGAUGCCCUCCAUACCAAUAAAUCCAAUGUUUUGCCAUACAUAGAUGGAGAUGCGCCGUUCCCCUCCAAGUACGCACGUGCCAUCAUCUUCGAGGGUGGAAAAGCCGAUCCUGAUUCGCAAGAAUAUAUGAUCGGUCCGCUUCCCGUAUCGGAAGAGACUAAAAUCGAAAAACUCGAUUAUAUUUACAACGGUCCGUCAGGAGGCAGUGUUCCAUACAAUGCCCGUUACUUCGAUGGUCCAAGAAACACCGCAACGGAGCCUCUUAUCGUGUCCAUUAUGUCGAAUAUCUCAGACAUCACGGCCGCUAUGUUCCAGGGAGGAGUAUACUACGGCUCCAAAGACAAUAGAACAAAUCUCUCUCUGACAUCGGGAACGCCACAAUCUUUUGAUGGCACGACUGCCUUCCGUAACAUCAUGUUCCGAUUCCCGGGUCCGGCUUCGUACAUGACUCCAUUAGACUUUUUCCUGCUGAUUGAUUGCACUGGAACGGAUGCAUCUCUGUACUCCCUCAAGGGUUUUGUAACGAAUGAGAAAUUUUACCCCACAAUCGCCGACCUUCGAACUGCUUUUGAAGCUGGCGAAAUAGCUAUGGAGUACGACCAGACUAAGGAUGCCGACUGGGCGUUGGUAGACUACAAACCUGAGCUUGGUGUAAGAGAUCUGGAAGAGCGACUUGCCCCAAGCACAUUGGAGCUCGGUGGAAAACGCUACAAGCUCGACAAGGAAAAUCAGUACGUGGAGUAUAUGGGUUUCUCCUUUUACGUUUCCUUCUCCCGGACUUUGGGUCUUAUGUUUUAUGACAUCAAAUUCAAGGGAGAGCGUAUCAUGUAUGAGCUUUCAAUGCAAGAGGCUACAGCGCAAUACGGUGGAAAUCAACCAAAGGCAGCCAAUACAGUGUAUCAUGACACUUAUUACCAACUAGGAACGGAGAUGGGAUCACUGGUCGAAGGGUUCGAUUGCCCCUGGGGAUCAACUUUCUGGAACAUCACCUACCCAUCCUACAAUACAACUCGAGUGAACACGAACUCUAUUUGCAUCUUUGAAGCGGACAUGAAUUUCCCUCUAUCAAGACAUCGUACAUCAUCAUCAAACAAGUUUGGUUUCAGUAACUUUGGCACGGUAAAAGGUGCUGCACUGAUCGUACGUGCGAUCGCCACAGUCGGUAAUUACGAUUACAUGUUCGAUUACUCCUUCCAUAUGGAUGGUUCGAUUGAGGUGAUAGUCAGAGCGUCAGGAUAUCUUCAAUCGAGUUUCUACUUUCCCGAACAGGGAAAAUUCGGACCACGGAUCCAACAAGCUACUCAAGGAUCGCUUCAUGAUCACAUCAUUACAUACAAGGCAGACUUUGAUAUCCUCGAUUCCACCAACUCGCUCCAGGUCUCAGAACUGAAGGCGGUCAAUCAAACGCAACCAUGGUUUCCCGAGCUCGGAACGUUCGAACAAAUGGAAAUGGAGGUGUACAAUAUGAAGGAAGAGGCCCAGUUCAACUACGCAGCCAACAACCAGGCAAUGUUUGUCGUCUUGAAUCCCAACGCAACGAAUAUAUGGGGCGAGAAACGCGGCUACCGCAUCGUGCCCGGGCGCUCCGAUAUCCAUCUUUCGACGCUCAAUUCGCCCUGGUCGCUUAAAAAUUCUGAAUUCGCCAAGUCACACCUCGCCGUAACGUGCCAGCACGAUAACGAGCCGUUUGCCAAUUCCGUCCAGAACAUCAAUCUCCCGUUCACGCCGCAACAGGAUUUUUCCAAGUUCUUUGAUGGCGAGAACAUUGAUGGCGAGGACCUGGUGCUUUGGUUCAACCUAGGAAUGCACCAUUUCACUCGAAGCGAGGAUGUUCCGGUAACCCUUUACACAGAGGCGUAUUCCAGCAUUGUCUUCGCCCCACAGAACUUCUUCGACCGAGCUCAGGACGGGGAUUUGCGCAACCGAAGGUGGAUCCAAGUAGAUAGUGAGGGUACUUUAACGUUUGAAGAUUAUGGAAUUGGCUUGGACACCUGCCCGAUUGUGCUUGAAGAGCCGACGGCGCUGUUGGGGGGCGUAGGAACACUAUGA